AUGAGUAGAGAUAGGAUAACAGAGAUUCGAAAUUUUCAGACAGCAGAAACUGGUUCGACUUCAGGAAGAAUCGAGUCGCUUUUCACCGCAUGGAAACCAAUAACGAAAAUAGGAAACACAACGGGGUUAUCGAAGAAGAUGAAUAAAAAUUCUUCAAAGAGAAUCAGUUCUAUAACAUCACCAUUACGUGAUCACAAAAUAAAUAAACAUAAUAUUACCAAUACAUUUACUAAACGCGCGAAUAACGCUUCUAUUAACAUUUUAGACACCACGGAACUCAAAUCUGAUUCAAAUGCAAAUCUUCUUGUCGAAGACAAAGUUGCUCAAAGUAUAAAAUCUAAUGAAACCACGAGUAAAAAUAAAGUUGAAAUAUUUGAGACGUUAAAUAAUCAUCGAGAAUGGGACACGAUCGAACGUGUUAAGCGUUCCUUGGACAAAAAAUCCAAUUACGUAGGCUUCAGAGAACAAGUUCCCUCUUCGAAGAGAUUCUAUCGUCAUCCAGGCCUAAGUUACGAGGAGCAACAAAAUCAACUUGACCACACGGUCCAAACGAGAAAUAUAAAUCAAAAUCUCGGAAGUGCGAUGAAUAAACUUGACACGUUCGAGUCAUCGCAACCAGAGACUACUACCGAAUAUCCAUCGAAAGAACCAAGUAAACAUAGUUACGUCCCAAUUUUUCCUAGUUGCGACGAUACUGAAAAUUUCGAAUCAAACGAUUCAGACAGUAGUACAAGAAAAAAUUUAAGAAAUCGUAGUAACGAUAAAGUAGAUUCUGCAGAGACACAAGAAGCCAAAGGUUCAAAAACUGAUAGAAAUGUGUUAAACGAAACGUUUCAGGAUAUGAAUAAAUUACAGAGCUCGGUUAGACAGCAGAAAAAGGACAAUAGUUACAUCGAUAUACGGGAUCACCAGAAAAGUGUCGGAAAUGUAACAUCUUCCGCUAUUGUUGAGUAUAAUCCAAACAAAAUUCCAUACGUCGAGGUGCCGGAUUAUUCUGAUAUCAGAGAGGAAAGUUUAGACGAGGGAGAUCGUAAAGAGAAUGAAAUGAGAACUGACUUUGUCGAUCCAGAGGUAUCCACUGAUCUUAAAGAAUCCGCUAAAUCACCCAACGAUUCGUCCGAGGGAAGCGUAAAAGACAAAUCUAGAAAAAAUUCAAGGCAAAAUUUAAGUAAAGAAAGCGAGUCAGAUUUGACGAAUUUGGACAAAUUUUCCGACACUGACAAACCUGAUAAAGAUAAAACUAAGGAAAGCAAUUCAAAUUUUACGAACUCGGAUAAGCCUUCAAAUACCGACAAACAAGAUACAAAUAACGGAAAUAAAUCGUUGGAGGAUUUAGGGUUUAGACAGAAUUCGGAUAUCAAGGAUAAUACGAAACCGAAAAUAUCGAUAGGCUCCAAAGAGUCCUCUGAACUUUCAAAGAACGACGAACUUGAGCAGAACGAUAAAAAGAAUCUAUUUAAAGAUUUAAAGGAUGAUUUAAACAACGCCAACCUUAAGAAACUGGAAUGGAAAGAAAAUGCGAGGGAAGGGAAUGGCGAGCCACAGGAAGAUUCUGAGGAAACAGGGCAAGGGGAUUCUGAAAGUAAAUCGGGGCCCAUAAUUUUCGACAUAAACGAAUACAGGAAGCCAUUCGAUCUAGACGAAUUUCUUAAGGACGAUCCGAUAAUGAAAAAGUUGAAUCUGCUCGAAAAGGAGACGCGGACCAAGUACGGACAGAACGGGAAACGAGUUUCAACCGACUUUAACGAAUCCGAAAGUGAUAAUACGUUCAGGGAACGAGCGAAUGGCCGAGGGAAUUCAAAGGAGGUUCGAGACACUUUCGAUGAUUUACCAAGAUCGUAUAAAUCCAGUGACUCUAUUUUCAAGAAGAGCAAGGAGGAUUUCUCGUCUAAAUUUGAGAAAGGACAGCAGGAUAAUGAAAGCGAAGCGAAGGAAGAGGCGAAGAAUGAUAAUGUGAAAGGUGAAGAUUCCGUAGAAGAGAACAGUAACGAAGAUUCCCUAAUAAUUUUCAAACAGAACAGGAUAUAUCCUUUAACCAAAUUUGAAAACGAAAAAGUAUUUUCGUCUGGAUAUUUAAAGAACAAGAAGAACAAUAGAAACGUCGUAGAUCGUAGAAGGAAGAAUAACAAGUAUCAAGAAGACACGCACGACGCAUUGUCGACGAUCUUGAGCAAGAAAAGUCAGGUUUCGCGACUGGACGAGGACAUCGAUGGAAGGAUCGAAGACGGGGACGCUUACAAAAACUUCUGGUCCUUAGAAUAUAAAUCUCCGCGGUCGAGAGUCGACAUGGAGGCGCAAGAAAGGAGGAAAUAG